UUGUGAGCACUUCCGGGUGCCGUCAAGCGGUGGUGCCUGCGCUUCCCAGCCACCUCAGCUUGGUGCUGACUGACCCUCAACAGGAAUCCUUGUAGGCCUGUGCCAUGGCUUCUCGAUAUGACAGGGCAAUCACUGUAUUUUCCCCAGACGGACACCUUUUCCAAGUGGAAUAUGCUCAGGAAGCAGUGAAGAAGGGAUCCACAGCGGUUGCAAUUCGAGGUACCAAUAUAGUUGUGCUUGGGGUAGAAAAAAAAUCUGUUGCCAAGCUUCAAGAUGAAAGAACUGUGAGGAAAAUUUGUGCUCUUGAUGACCACGUUUGCAUGGCUUUUGCAGGACUGACUGCUGAUGCUAGAGUCAUAAUAAACAGAGCCCAGGUGGCGUGCCAGAGCCAUAAGCUUACAGUUGAGGAUUCGGUCACUGUAGAAUACAUAACUCGCUUUAUAGCAACUUUAAAGCAGAAAUAUACCCAGAGCAACGGACGAAGACCUUUUGGUAUUUCUGCCUUAAUUGUAGGUUUUGAUGAUGAUGGUAUCCCAAGAUUAUAUCAGACAGAUCCCUCUGGUACUUACCAUGCUUGGAAAGCAAAUGCAAUAGGCCGAAGUGCUAAAACUGUUCGAGAAUUUCUAGAAAAGAACUACACGGAACAUGCGAUAUCAGAUGACAAUGAAGCUAUCAAAUUAGCAAUAAGAGCAUUGCUAGAAGCUGUCCAGUCUGGUGUGAAGAACAUUGAACUGGCUAUCAUAAGAAGAAACCAGCCUUUGAAGAUGUUUAGUGCCAAAGAAAUUGAAUUACAAGUAAUUGAAAUAGAAAAGGAAAAGGAAGAAGCAGAGAAGAAAAAAUCAAAGAAGACUGUCUAAUUUUUAGGAUGAACACUGGGAGCUUUUCAUGUUUUGUUAUACUACGUUGAAUCACUUACUGGAGCUUUAGAGGAAAUAAGUUUUCAGUGUUAUGUUUAGUAGUAUAUGUGUUGCUUUGGAAAUGCCAGACAUGUGGCCAUCUUUAGUCAAUUACACAGUCAGACAUAGGCUCAUGUGAAGAUUUUCUUUAAAAGGAGAUUCCAGUAAUUGUUGAAAGUAGUCCUAAUUCGACAUAAGCCUGAAGCCGUGUAACUUUUCCAGUGUGUAGCUUUUCUUCAUAUAACCAAAUUUGAUUAAGAGAAAAUUUAUAAUUUAAAAAAAUCAGUAAUUUAGUGAAAUUUGAAUAUUCACU